AUGUCAAUGCCUGGCAUGAAUCGUGAUGAUGACUUGCGAGGCAGUCAUUUAUUGGUCAAGCAUGUUUUUGACUAUGGGGAGAUGAAAAGGAUGGGUAAGGUGGGGUCCACCGCACACUAUCGAUUUAUGCUUUUGCAGGGAAUACUAGAUCCGAGACCUCGCCGCUUGGAGCGUCUCUACGCUGCGGGAAAACCAUAA